UUCACUCACUCUCUUCCUCACUUCCCUCACUCCUUCCUAAUUCCUAUAUAUAUCAUCCCCCUCUCUCCCACCUCUCUUCCUCCAUUGCCCACUCUAAUUUCCCUCUCUCAUACUCUCUUACUUUCUUCUCUUCUCAAUUCACCUCUUUUUAGUGCUCUUUUAGGACAUGGAAUCCCCAGAAGAAUUCACAGCCUCUAACGAUCACACUCUCAUCAUCAAAGGUAAGCGCACCAAGCGCCCCAGGCCUUCCUCCCCCUUCGGCCCCGCCGCCGCGGUCACCUCUAGCUUCUCAAGCGCCGACGGUGGUUAUUGGUCCAUUCAAUCUCCCGCAUCUUCCGGUGAGAUAUCUACGGCCACCGACGAAGACGAAGACAUGGCUAAUUGCCUAAUUCUUUUAGCCCAAGGCGGUGUUGUUGGUUCCAAGCAAGUCGAAGCCACGGCCGCCGAUGAGGUUGAGGAGGGUACAACCACCGCCACAACCACCGCUGGCAAACCUGGAUUCUAUGUCUACGAGUGCAAGACAUGUAACCGGACUUUCCCUUCCUUCCAAGCUCUCGGUGGCCACCGAGCCAGUCAUAAAAAGCCCAAAACCACCGUGGAAGAGAAGAGAUCACCGCUUCCGAUCUCUCCACCGCCAUCGAACCACGAUGAUGAAGAAGAAGAGAGCCAAUUUAUCAAGAUCAGCCCACCCCUUCCGCUUCCAAUUGCCACAAAAGCUUCACAAUCACAUAACAAUCAGAAUAAGUCCAAGGUACAUGAGUGUUCGAUAUGCGGAUCGGAGUUUUCGUCCGGGCAAGCCUUGGGCGGUCAUAUGAGACGACACAGGGCGGCUCCAAAUACUCGAACCACCAUGAGCAUCAUCGAUACAAGCAAUACUGUAAUUAUGGAAUCUCAGGAAGAAGAAGAAGAAAGUGAGAAACCGAGACACAGGUUAACACUGGAUCUCAACCUACCUGCACCAUUAGAGGAUGAUCAUCAUCAUCAGGUUCAUCAUCGUCAUAGAGAUACCAAUAAGUUUCAGUUCACAACAACAACCAACAAACCACAUCACGUCUUCUCCGCGGCGGCCUUGGUCGAUUGCCAUUACUAGCAGGAGGAGAAUGAAAAAAUACACCAAAAAAAAAGGGUUCAGACCAGAUCAAAUGUGAAUUAUUUACUUCUAUUAUUAAUCAACCAUUACGCAUAAUAAUUAUUAAUUCUUUGAAUUUGUUGUUUAUUUUUUUAUUUUUAUUUCUUUUUCUUUCCCAAUGUUGAUGAUCUACUUGAAUUCUUUGAGUAAGUAAGUGGUUAGUAUUCAUGGUUGCCUUUCAUUCACGAAAAGUGAGUGAUGGAGCAUCUUUAUUUAUUUAUUUAUUUAUUUAUUUCUUUC